AUGUCGUUGUACGAAGCGUUGGCUAAUACUACGGUGACAAUAUGCACCGAUCUUCCGUUUCGUGUAAAUUCGCUUGGGUUGUGGAACAGAUCGGAAAGGUGGACGGUGAAUGCUACUACUUCGUUGGUGAAUUUCUCAUUUCCUCUGCAGAAUUACACAAUGCCAAUCCUAGAGUUUGAAAUGAUUCUCAUGUUUCUUCUCACCGAGCUCACCUAUCUCUUUCUCAAGAUCUUUGGCCUCCCGGCUUUGGCCGCUCAACUUGUGAGAGAUGGUAAUGAUCAAUUGGCUUCGGGAAUUGCAGGAUGUGAGAUGGCUAAUCCAUGUAAAUUCGUUCGUUAUGAUUGUCUCACAUCUAGCAAAAUGCGUUCCAACUUUUGA